AUGCUUAAUGUCUUAAGUUUGAUCUGUAUCUGUAUUAAUUCUGCCCUUGAUUCGAGUAGUUUUUUCUUCGCUAAAUUGCCCGAGGCCUAUGCUUUUUUGAAUCCAAUUGUAGAUUUUAUGCCAGUGAUACCUCUUCUUUUUUUCCUCUUAGCCUUUGUUUGGCAAGCCGCUGUAAGUUUUCGAUGA